GACUGCGAAGAUCUUGAUCCAGCGAAAUGAGGAGACGGCCCUCCCGAUGCUUUACUACUCGAAGCUUCCGCCGAACAUCUCGAAGCUGCAAAUCAUGCUUUGUGAUCCCAUGCUGGCUACCGGUGGCUCAGCGCUGAUGGCUAUCGAGGUCUUGAAGAAGGCAGGGGUGAAGGAGGAGAACAUCCUUUUCAUCAACGUCGUCUCUUGCCCCGAGGGCCUCAAAGCCUUGGCAGAGAAG